AUGUACGCUGCCAAGUCACUCCUCGUUGUCUUCGCCCUGGUGGCGAGCGCCGUUGCAGAAGACAGGCCGCGCUCGUGGAGUAACUCGCGCCGACAGGCAGGAAGCCACCCCUUUACCUUCGUCAACAAAUGUGGCGCGCCCGUCACUCCUGUUAUUACCGACACGCGCUGCGGCUACAGCCCGCGAUGUGCUGAUGCCGUGCCCUUCUCUGGUCCACAGCCCGGCCAGCUUGGGCCGGGGCAGAGCAAAACUGUCACCGUUAAUGCUCGGUGGGUCGGCCGUGUAUUCGCCUCCCACCCCCAAUGCGGACCCAAGGGCGAGAGCUGCACGAUGGGCGAGUUUAAUCUCGACUCGGGCGACUUCUUCACCCCGCAGAGCUACGACAUCAGCAAUAUCCAGGGCUUCACCGACUCCAUGCAGAUCGCCGCUUCGGGCUGCGACACCGUUACGUGCACCAACGCGAACUGCGGUUGCCGCAACGCGUACCCCAUCGGCGAUCUCAGCGGCUGUGGCAAUGACUCGCCCGUUCAUGCGUGUGGCGCUGGCGGGAUUGCGUUCACCGGUGAGUUAUUUAUGCCCGUUGGCCUGCAGAGCUGA